ACAUGGAUAACUCAGAUUAUUAUGGGAAUUUCUCAGAGGAUAAUGGGAAUUUCCUUGAGAAAUAUGUCACAGAAGACUAUGGGGAGUAUGACUUGUAUUACCCGUUCAAUGAAACCUUUGUGUCAGAACAAGGGCAUACAUCCAUACAGGUGGUGUCCAUGGUUCUCUGCAGCAUUGCCUGUGUCCUCGGUAUCCCAGGCAACGCCUUUGUCAUCUGGAUAGCUGGAGUAAAGAUGAAGAGAACAGUCAACACCGUCUGGUUUGUAAACCUGGCUGUAGCAGACCUCCUCUGCUGUUUCUCCAUACCCUUCUCCAUAGCUGACAUUAUACUGAACCGACACUGGCCCUAUGGAGAGGCUAUGUGUAAGAUUCUUCCGUCCAUGGUCGUCCUCAACAUGUUCGCCAGUGUCUUCACACUGGUUCUCAUCAGCCUGGACCGCUUUGCCCUGGUCAUCCUGCCUGUCUGGGCCCAGAACCACCGGCGCAUCAGCCUGGCCUGGCUGCUCUGUGGUCUGGUCUGGGUCCUGGCCCUGCUCCUCAGCCUCCCCUCUAUGAUCUACAGAGAAAUAGUAGUCCAUGAUGAUAAUAACAUAAUACUGUGCACCUAUGACCACCUACACAACAAAACUGAGGGCAACCAGUUGGCCAUCAGAGCUAUCAAAGCCACCAACGUCACCAGGCUUAUACUCGGCUUCCUCAUCCCCCUGUUGGUCAUCGCUGUCUGCUACCUGCUGAUCGGUAGGAGGGUGAGCAGCGGCCGCUUUAAAUCCCAGAGGGCCUUCCAGAUCAUUUUGGUUGUGGUGACGGCGUUCUUUGUGUGUUGGCUGCCAUAUCACAUCAUAGGGCUGGUGAUGGAGUAUGGCCGGGAAGCCUCGGCGGUCAUGGCCGGGACUCUAGACCCCCUGGCCAUCUCUCUGGCUUACGUCAACAGCUGUCUCAACCCUGUCCUGUAUGUGUUCAUGGGUCAGGACUUCAAGGAGAGGGUCAGGAUUUCUCUACGUAAAAUAUUUGAGAACGUCUUCAGCGAGGAUGUGACUCUGCGUUCCUCUGUGUACUCGAAGGGACAGUCACAGCUCUCACGGGCCACUCACUCAUCUGAGGCUCAGGUCUGAGUCAGAAAUGUCUGAAAACGCUCCUGUGUCAGUUACACAAUAAAUGUAGAUGUGUUGAUCUUUCCUGACUAAGGUACUAAAUGAGUAUGAUCUGAUAUAUAAAACAUUUUACAAGCAAUUAAGAAAUUAGACAUUGACAAAAACAAACGAUGGUUUAAAGUUCAGUCCAUGCCUGAUUGAAAUGUUGCAUGCAUGGAUUUUUGUGUAAAGCUGUUGGGUUUUUGUUUGAAACUUGUGUCCUAAAAACUAAUCUGUUACACUUAUGUUGUACUUAUCGGUGUAAUUAUAAUGGGGUGUGGAGGAAGGAAGUACCACCACUGUAGAUUACUCUGAUAAAGACAUACCAGAAAUACCAAAUGAAAAAAGUGUUAGUCACCCACCCAUCUUAUGCCUUCAUGUAAAGUCAACUAUUAGCUAAUCCUCUGCUGGGAAACUGAAACGUACGUUUGACCCCGAGUUCCCUUUUAUCUUCCCUGUGUUACUUUCCUCCUAAAGGAUGUAGGAGCCAUAGAAAUAGGAUGACUUGAAUGGACAAAUCUCCUCAGACCAGAACAAUGUGACAGUACACUCAAGUGAAUGUCCGUUCUAGUAAUUCCAUUUCUAUCCUUAGACCUGGAAUCUGCCUUGUAUGUCCUGUAUGACUAUCUUUGGCCGGUCAAUGCUGUAGUGUAUUGAUUUGGACAAUAAUUACACUUAAAUGUUAUACCAUCCAA